ACAUGUUACAUUUAUAUCUUCAGGGUUACCUUUCUUUAAUUCUGUUGAAUGUCGCAUCAGGAUUUGGAGAUACUGAGACCAUCUUAGCUGUUCAAGAAGAAGAUGUAGCUCUCACUUGUUUCAGUCUAAAGGACACGGAUCCAAACAGCUGCUACAGAUACAGCGUGACAAAGUUUGCUACAGAUCCUAAUCAAGUGAAGGAUAUGUUUAAAUGGCCCACACCGAGCAACGAUGUGUAUACACGUGUAAAAUGGGUAGCUGAUGGAAAUGGACAAAAAUGCUUAACUCUGACAAAACCUCAAAAAUCCGACGCAGGACUGUACACUUGUGAAACGUGGAAAGGAUGGGACCGUGUCGCGGCCAAAAACAUAUCUUUGAGAAUAAAAGACUGCAAAGUCCUUGAACCUGUGAAGGCAGCACCCAGCAUGCCUGCCAAGUUAAACUGCCCAGUAAACAUGACAACUGGACAACAAGAACCUCAAAACAUCUCCUGGGCAAUCCAGAAAGGAGACAUGCGUGAAUCACUUGACUCCAGCAAAGCCAAAACUAAUGGUACAUCUCUGACUUUCCAGUCUGUGAACACCAGCGACAGUGGCUGGUAUACAUGCAGUUACACGCUUGGUAAAACUCAGCGCUGCUUUGACACCAAUCUACAAGUACAAGCUUUUGUGACCACAACGGUUCCGGUUAUUCCAACAAAAACUCCAAGUCUGCCAGCACCAAAAGCCAAUGAUAUAUCUGUGUCGCAAAGGAAGGAGGAGAGCAACGAUGCUUUAAUUGCAGUUGUGGUCUGUGUCAUUUUGGGGAUGAUCAUAAUUGCUGCUGUGAUUGGACUCGUUGUGUACCGCAGAUGCAAAACCCAGAGAAUCACACAGUUACACCAGAGGCGCUUUAAUGGUAAUUGUAUGUCUACAUAUGAGAUUGUUGCACCUUUGACGAAUAUUCCAGGCCAGCGAAUCAACAGUCUGUAUCAAAUGCCAGACGAAAGCUUAGUUACCUUCCAAUAAUAAAUAUUUUCAAGUAAGGAAGAAGAUUCUCCUCUGCGGUUAUCUCAUCCUUGCAGUGUGGGUUGGAUUUUCAAAAGUAGAUAAGUUUGCAUGCUUAUAAUGUAACCAAUCAUGUUUUUGUAACUUUAUUUCUUUAAAAUCUUGCAUGCAUGUCUGUAGCAAGGCAAAGGAGGAGCUGAUUUACAGUGAAUUUCUGUUUCUUGGAAUGGAAAAAAGUCUGUUUUCAAACAGGUUUUGUAAACCACAUCUGUUGAUGAUUUUGAAGUUUGUGAUAAAGACAAAGAACAGCAUGUGGUUUCACUCUAGUUCACAGCUUGUAAUAAAUCAUAAA